GUCGAACCCCUUCUUUUGGUCCAACGGCUGUUUCCAUUGAGUAGUCCGAGGAUGAUGCGUUUCCGGCCCACACUUGGUUAUAAGUUUCGUACCUUUGGUCACGUACGCCGAGUUCCCGAGCAGCCCUUUGGUGUCAGAACAUCUACCAGCGAGCCCUACGAGCAGAGAGUGGAUGGCCCUUGUGGCGGCGGCCCCAAGGUUCCUACGAGCCGCCAAGACGGGCGGUCGUGGCCCAGCCCGGCCCCCAUUCCCAAGUUGACGAAUGUGAGCGAUGAAUGAAUCCCGUGACAUCUCUCCAUGCAAGAUGAGAACCUGGAACCUAGGCUCCCUGGCCCGCGUCCACUUGGGCAGAGAAGAUGAGGGUGCGGACCUCAAUGCUCCGUCUGGGCUUGGGGUUCUCCACCGGCCACAGCUGUUUGAUGCUUGAGUGAACGGCAUCUGGUAGAGUCAGCACGAUAAACAUCAUUAUCUGCUUGGAGGACAUCUGGACCCGCACAUACAUGGAGCUUCGAUACCAGGCUUCGUAUCAAAGUGCUUGAAAAUCAACGCCUCGUCUGGGGUUUGCCGGUCCAGAAAGUACCAUUUCUGAUCCGGGUUGUAUCGGACAUAGUAAUGCGAGCUGACGUUUCCUUGACGUAUCGAGUCCGUCUCGAUCAGGUCGUCACGGCUCACGGUGGUGCCAUCGCACACUGCAAGGGCCCAUUCAUCGACCGGAUUGGACAGUGGUUUCCAUACACUGCGGCAACAAUCAGCACCAUGGACCACACGCAGAACAUACCCGGAAAAGGAAAAAGAACAAAGAUCGGCUUACUUCACAGCCCUCACACGCUGCCGCAAGAUCUGGGCAGCUUCGUUCGGAAAGCUCUCCUGGAUGCGCCGGACCACAGAUAUCGGACUCGUGUCCAUGUGGGCGUAAUUGCUGGGCAGAAGCGGCUGGAACUGAUCACUAAAGUUGAUCAUGCUUCCCGCUUCGACCUGGUUUACGCUCUCUCUGAUCUAUAACACCAGUGUCAGAUGUCUAUUUUGCCGGGACUUUACACGAGGACUUGGUCUUACGUACCCGCCAGUCGAACAGAAAUACCGUCCCGACGUCUUCCAGCUCAGUUUGCAGCAUCUUUUUGACGGCUGGUAUGUAUUUCCCGAUCACUGCCUCCCGGUCUGACAGCUCCGUGAAGGUCGGCAUGCGGCGGAUGGCGAACCCAUGGGAAUCAAGCCCGAACUCGUGAGCGUUAUCGCGACAGUCUUGCACCUCGACCUGCUCUUCGUGCCAAGCCAGGUUGGUCUUGCGUUGGUCAGCUGAAUCCUCGUGGAUGUUGCCAAAUAUCUGGAAGGGCUUCUCCGACUCGUAGAGCGGGCUCCAUUUCAGAAAUUGGAUUGAGGCUUUCUUCAUGGCGAUGAGUUGAGCCUGGGAAAGUUUUGCUGGUAGUGUUGCUACGCGGGCAACUACUUCCAGAUGUCCGUUCCCAACCGAGCGUCUCCCUUGUCAUACCCCGAAAAUCAGGCUUCACGACACCUGGGCACACUUAGUCGGAUUAUGCCGCGAUUCCCAAUCAGGUGUUAUAACGGCCAGUCCUUUGUGCUGUAACGCCCAGUACUUUGUGUUGCACAUCGCACGACGCACGUUACAUCGGCGGAAACAGCGCCCUUGGCUGCCUGGAUUGUGUAACCCGUCAGCAUGGAAGACAAGGUGGCUGUAGACUUAUGAUGGGAUCGGACAGGACAGUGAGAAGAAUGUCAACAAAAGUGGCGCGGGUGGGUUGAGUUGCGGUGGCAAUCCGAGCUACAGUCGGUCUUGUCUCACCUGCCAAACAACUUGGCCCGUUUGGAAGCCAAUGAGAUAUGCAGAUCCGUCGACACGCAUGCAAAUCGCCUGCAUCAAGCAUGCCCGGUAUUAGCUCGCUCUCGCUGGUUAUCAGUCCCGCCAGGACGAGUCCGAGAUACAGGAGGCGUUCGCUGAUCGGAGCGGUGAGGAUGGAGAGUGGUUCCGUUUCUAACUCCCAUGCAUAUAAGACGUAUGUGGAGCCUUCAUACAGUGGUAAACGCUUGUGAGAAGGAUAACUGCCAUCGUUUCUUUUCAAUUCUGUCAGAACCUCGGUUUCUUCAGCGCAAUAUCGCAAGCAUGUCCAACUACUACGAGGAGCUGGCCCGGGCCAUCGUUGAGCAGUCUGCUCACGACAAGCGCUCUCAGCCCUGGAAGUCUACCGUCAAGACCGGAGCGACUGCCGAUGGCGAAUGGUACCAGGUCGGAGACUCUGUAGACGUCCGCAAGAAUGCCUUCCCAAUGAACGACGUUCGCACAAACGCCUUCCCCACCGGCGACGAGGUCGAUGUCCGGAAGCAAGCCUUCCCCAUGGGUGGCGUAGAUGUCCGCACGAAUGCAUUCCCCAUGGGCGAGGUUGACGUUCGGACGAAUGCCUUCCCCAUGGGUGAGGUCGAUGUUCGCACCAAUGCUUUUCCCACAGGAGAAUAAAUCAGUUAUCCACGUGGAAUUGAUAUGACUGCGCCAAGCGCCACGCGAGACGGCUCGGAUUGGCCGUACCUGAUGCGUGAAGCGGCGCCUACGAUUAAGGGUGGCCAAAGCCGGGAGGAGAUUGCCCCAUUGAUUUGACAAUACGUCUCUCGCUUUUCUC